GUGUAACGACAGUGAGGACCAACGGUGCGUGUUGACACUCGGCAAAUCCUCUUAGCGGAGACGCAGCUAACGUUAACUUGGGAACUCGCCGACUCGGCGACUUUUAUACAUGAAGAAAAGGAUCCCGAAAAACGAAAAGUAUCAACACGUCAAAACCAGGCUGGACACAGGAUGCAGCCUCUCAAAAUAUCUGGAGAAACUGGAGGAUAUUAAAAAAAAUUACAGAUAUCGGAAAGAUGAAAUCUUCAAGCGGUUAAAGGUGACAACGUUCGCACAAUUGGUGCUUCAGGUGGCCUCCGUAUCGGACCUGAAUGAAAGCGAGUUUGACGGCGACCUGCGCGGCCCAGAAGACGGCGGCCUGUCCGUGGCGUCCGAUGCCGACCUGGAGUGCCCGUCCGAACACACCAACGGCUCGCCUCGCUCGGAUCGCCAGGAUGCAGGAGACGCCGGGGACACCUGCCACUCCUCCCGGUCCACACUGCUGAGCGUCAUCAGUGGCGUGGGAGAGCUGAACGUGGACAGCGUCCGUCAGCAGGCGGAGGACGUGACGGUGUCGGCCCCCGAGCUCCCCGACGGGCCGUACCCCGACUCCCCGUACCUGCUGCUGGACGUGCGGGACCGCGACCAGUACGACCGCUGCCACAUUAUCAGCGCACACAGCUUCCCCAUCGCCAUGCUGUCUCGAACCAUGAACCCCUACUCCAAAGACGUGCUGGAAUAUAAAAACACGGCGGGGAAGAUCAUCAUCAUGUACGACGAGGACGAGCGAACGGCCGGCCAGGCCGCCACCGUCAUGUGUGAGCGAGGCUUCGAGAACCUGUUCCUGCUGUCCGGAGGUCUAAAGGUCAUCGCUCAGAGGUUCCCAGAGGGCUUGACGACGGGCUCCAUCCCGACAUCGUGCCGGUCCCCGCCCACAUCGCAGAGGGCGAGGAGGAGCUCGGCGCCGCCGCUAGCGGCAGAGAGGAGGUGGCGCUUCACGUCGGACGAGCUCACCAAGAUCCAGGAGCAGCUGGAGGAGACCCUCGUCCCCAGUAACUCCAACAGCCGCAUGUCCAGCCGUGUGUCGACCAGCAGCUCCCAGUCUCAAGCGUCCAGCGCCCGGAGCCGAGGGAGCUCCUCUGUGUCUGGGAGGGACGGCUCCAGGGUUCAGAGCAGCAGACCCUGGAAAUAACAUCAUGUGACAAGUAUUUCCCCCCUCCUUUUAUAAUAUUUCAUAAAUGCUGUAUUUGUGAAUGUUUGCACAGUGCCUCACCUGUGAACCUGAGAACUGAUGGACUGUUUUAUUAUUAUUAUUUUUUGCACCGAUGAACCAGAAUCGUCACUUCAUGCUCUUCAAAUAUGUGUUUGUUUUCUUUUUUUCUGUUUUCUUUCAACAUUAUUUUUGUCCGAAGCUCCAGCGUAACUCCAUCAGUGUGACAGCCGACAAAUAAACGGCAUUCGUGAUAUGAAGGAUCUGCUGCGAUUACAUGAGGUGUAAUUUAUAUUGUGAGUGUGUGUGUGUGUGUGUGUGUGUGUGUGUGUAACACUAACUGAUCACAGUAUUGCUCGUGACCUAGUGACUUAUUGCACUCACACAAAGUGCAUUUAUUGAUAACAUGAACGACUCCGGUCCGUCUUCACAUUAAUCGGAUCACACGAUGUUGUAAACGAAUGUCAAAUAAAAGUGAAUAAUUGUU